UUAUUGCUCUGGGAGUUUCUAAAGAGGCCACAACCUUGCCUGGAACCGCCUGUACUUGUGUAGCUCACUCUCACACACGCAUUCAUUCAUCCACUCGCAUCUGUUUGUACAACAUUUAAAGCCACAUCGCACUCAAAAUGAACAGGUGCCUUGUUCUCCAGUCCGAAGUCCAGAGCUUCAUUGAGAAGUGCAUGGUUGCCGCAGGAGCCAAGCCUUCACAUGCUAAAUCCCUGGCAGACGUUCUGGUAGAAGGGGACUGCAGAGGUCAUUACAGCCAUGGACUAAACCGAAUGGACAUGUAUGUAAAAGAUAUCCAGACAGGAAUCUGUUCAAAAGAUGGGGAGCCUGUUAUUGAAAAGGAGUCGGUGGCCACAGCGCUGGUGAAUGGUGAAAAUGUUCUGGGGCCAGUGGUUGGGAACUUCUGCAUGGAUCUGGCGAUUAAAAAGGCAAAGGAUGUUGGCAUAGGCUGGGUGGUAGCCAAGGGCUCAAACCACUAUGGGAUUGCUGGAUAUUAUGCUAUGCAAGCUCUAAAACAAGACAUGAUUGGUAUGAGUUACACCAACACCUCACCAUUGGUGGUUCCUACCAGAGCAAGAGACUGCACUCUGGGGACCAAUCCAAUCAGUGUGGCGGCACCUGCUAACGAUGGUGACAGCUUUGUACUGGACAUGGCUACUUCCGCAGUGGCGUUGGGAAAGGUUGAACUGCAUCACCGGAGUGGAGAUACCAUCCCCGAGGGCUGGGGCUGCGACUCCCACGGCAAGCCGAGCACCGAUCCUGGGAAGGUGCUGAGUGGAGGGGGGCUGCUGCCCAUUGGGGGCUGUGAGGCUACAGGUGGUUACAAGGGCUAUGGUCUGGGCAUGAUGGUCGAGGUGUUCUGUGGCAUACUGGCUGGCUCCCAAUACAGCAAACACAUCCGUACAUGGAAGGUUACAGACAGAGUAGCAAAUCUGGGCCAGUGCUUUGUUGCUAUAAACCCUGAAAACUUUACUCCUGGAUUCAAGGACAGAAUGUCUGACCUGCUCACUUUGCACAGAGAUUUGGAACCUGCUGAACCUGGGACCCCAGUGAUGGUGCCAGGAGACCCAGAGAGAAUAAACAUAAAGAGAUGCAAGGAACUGGGAGGACUGUCUUAUCAUAUCAACGUCAUCAACCACAUGAAUAAGGUUGCUAAGACCCUGGGUGUAACUCCUGAACUUCCAGUGGACCGACCCCUGGCUUGAUAGAGCUAUCUCUACUGUGGACAGAUCCCUGGCUUGAUAGAGCUAUUCCAAUUGCCUUGAUUUUUUUUGAUUUUUUUUAUUUUUGUAUCAAUAUGCCCAUACAAAAAUAGUAAUUGUUAAGGCUGCUUAGAACUGUAUUUUUGGAUGCACAUUACAAUUUUGAUGUAGACAUUUUUAUCCGAACUUUGCUCAGUCAAACUUUUUUAGCUUUCCUAUUACAGUACCUCAGGUAGUUUUGAUACAGAAUUGGUUCAAUGGUAAUGCAUUUUUAUAACUUUUAAACACAAACUGCUAAACGUAUAUCAAUUUCUGUUCAGUUCUUAUUCUGGUUAAACAUUUUAAUGAAAUAAAUAGUACAAUAAAAUGUUGAAUAAUAAAAA